GCCAAGCUCCGCCCCCGGCGUCAAGGCCGCGGACCCGGGCGGAGCCGACUCCCGGCGGAAGCGCACGGCGCACGCGGAGACCCGAACUGAGCGGUGGCUGCCGGCGACCGCUGUGGACGGACAGGAUGGGCAGCAGCUCGCUGUCCGAGGACUACCGCCUGUGCUUGGAGCGCGAGCUGCGACGGGGACGCGCGGGCGUGUGCGGGGACCCCUCGCUGCGCGCGGUGCUCUGGCAGAUCCUGGUGGAAGACUUUGACCUGCACGGGGCGCUGCAGGACGACGCGCUGGCGCUGCUCACCGACGGGCUGUGGGGCCGCGCCGACCUGGCGCCCGCGCUGCGCGGCCUGGCCCGCGCCUUCGAGCUGCUGGAACUGGCCGCUGUGCACCUGUACCUGCUGCCCUGGAGGAAGGAGUUCACCACCAUCAAGACCUUCUCCGGGGGCUACGUGCACGUGCUGAAGGGUGUGCUGUCAGAUGACCUCCUCCUCAAGAGCUUCCAGAAGAUGGGCUACGUGCGCAGGGACAGCCACCGGCUCAUGGUGACUGCUCUGCCCCCUGCCUGCCAGCUGGUGCAGGUGGCCCUGGGCUGCUUCGCCCUCCGGCUGGAAUGUGAGAUCCUGGGUGAGGUGCUGGCCCAGCUGGGCACCAGUGUGCUCCCAGCUGAGGACCUGCUGCAGGCGCGGCGUGCCAGUGGAGAUGUGGCCUCCUGUGUGGCCUGGCUGCAGCAGCGGCUGGCCCAGGAUGAGGAGCCGCCACCCCUGCCCCCCCGAGGCUCCCCUGCUGCUUACAGGCCCCCACUGGACUUAUACCGGGACCUGCAGGAGGACGAGGGCUCCGAGGACGCCAGCCUCUAUGGGGAGCCAUCACCAGGUCCCGACUCGCCCUCGGCAGAGCUGGCCUACAGGCCGCCACUCUGGGAGCAGAGUGCCAAACUGUGGGGCCCUGAGGGCCAGGCCUGGGAUCCCCCAACUGAGGAGCUCUCACAGGCCAGCACCCCACCCUAUGGGGCCUUGGAGGAGGGGCUGGAACCCGAAUCCUCCGCCUUCUCCUUCCUCUCCCUGCGCAGUGAGCUGAGUAGGCCUGGAGACCUGGCCACUCCCGAAAGCUCUGCGGGGGCCAGCCCCAGGCGCAUUCGGGCAGAGGGCGUACCAGCCUCAGCCUACAGGUCUGUCUCUGAACCCCCAGGCUACCAGGCACACAGCUGCCUGUCCCCUGGUGCCCUGCCCACCCUCUGCUGCGACACAUGUCGCCAGCUGCACGCUGCCCACUGCGCGGCCCUGCCCGCCUGCCGCCCCGGCCACUCCCUGCGCGUGCUGCUUGGCGAUGCCCAGCGGCGCUUGUGGCUGCAGCGUGCACAGAUGGACACCCUGCUCUUCAACAGCCCCGGGGCCCGGCCCUAGGCCAUGUAGGCCCCACGUCAAGGGCUCUUGGGAGACAGCUCCCGUGGUGCUUCUCUUUGCUGGGGAGGGGUCUGGGCCUCCUAGGGCCUGGACCUCUAGUUGCUUUGUCCCUGGGGGAGUCCUGGGCACAGCAGUGGCUUGGAGUCCAGGCCAACCUCUGCUGGAGGCAGGACUCACCCUGUAUAUGGAACGCUUGGAUGGCCACAGGUCUCAGCUGGCUGGCAGGCAGGAACCUUCCCACAUUUCUGUCCUCGGAACUCAGACCCAUGUUUACAUGUGCUGGGUAGAGGGGUCCAGCCUGUUCCAGCCAGUGCCUGAAGCUGUCCCCAGGGCUGGCAGCUCCCUGCAGUGCAGGGCUCAGGACUUCGGGGCCCUCCAGGGGCCCCAGGUCUUCUCCACACAGGAGUGUCCUCAAGGGUCUGCUGGUGACGCCUAGGUCCCCCCCAAGCUCUGCUGGGGCCCAUCUGGGGGGCUCUGCUCAGUGCAUGGCUGACCUGGCUCUGGGGACACCGGCCCUCCCCUUGGGUGUCACAGCAGCUGGGCUCACAGAGGGGGAAUGACCUCAGCCCAGACAUGGAGGUGCCUGAGAGCUGCCGGAAUGGGCAGCAGCUGACAGCCAGGCAGGCCCUGAGCGUCACUGUUACUGGGCAGAGGGGCCUUGCAGGUCUGUCCUGGUAACAAUGCUCCCACCCUCCCUUCCCUUGGGUGCAGCCCACAGGCUGGAGAGGAGGUGGCUCUGCCCUGAAUGCCCUCUUGGGUCUGGUGAGAGAGGGCCAGGGCACAUCCACUGCGACAGCCCUCUGGGCUGACCUCCCUAACCCCAAAGCUGAGCCUGCUCUCCUGACCCUCCCCUAACUCCUCUCCUCCUGGCACUCAGAGGGCACUGUCAGCAUCAGAGCACAUUAAAUGCUGGUGAAACCA